AUGAAGAAAGAAUGGAACAUAUGGUAUAAAUUAUUUUCUAGUGAAACUAGCUUAGGAUGGGAUAGUGUCAAGAAUACUGUUGAUGCUUCAGAUGAGUGGAAUGUCUUGGCAACUGGGGAGACACUAUUUGUACCAUCUACUACCCAAAUCCAAAUAGAGGAGGAUGAUGAUGAUGAGGAUAUGUACUGCCCCACCAUUGACCUUCAAGAAGGAUCUGAUAAUAGUGAAGAGGAGCUAAAUUUAUUUGACACUAUAGCACCUGUGGGGGUCACUGAUGAGUUGUUGGGCCUGAAUGUUAUCACAAAUAUUGGUGGAACUAGUGGUGAUGGAACUCAAGGCAAGAGAAAGAGAGUUGGGGGAGUUGGCGGGAGGAAAAAGCAAAAAGUCCCUGCCUCAAUUAAAAUAGAGAUGUGA